AGAAUUACUAUAGCAACGUGUCCAGUGUUUGAUGUCGGCACAGAUGUUCCCUCCUCCCUUGGCCGAAAAUGGAACGGUUCACCCAAUAUUGAUAUUAUUUGGGAAAAAAAACUAAAAUGAAAAAACAAAAGGGGGAUUAGGAAUUAUGAAGAAUGGGUUCAAUUGAAAGAAAAGAAAAGAAGUUUGUUCCGAUUCAAAGUUUCGUCCAGAAAGCAUCAUCUUCCAUUCGAAAUAGGCUUUCUAAGAUCAAAUAUUGGUGCUUGUUAUAAUUCUUUUAUUUUUUCGGACGGAAGUAACUUUGAAGAAAAUGUAUAAUUUAAAAAAGCCAACAUAUCUUCCAAGGCAGAGUACAAAAUAUAGCCAAAUUCCAAGUAUAGAGAUGUGUACUAAAGACGAUACACCGACAUCUGCAUUUGAUUUUAAAGCUGAAACUAAAUUUGUGUCACAUCCCAAUGAAGUCAAGUUACCAGAAAAGCCUGUAUCUCUUGAAAGAAAGUUUCACGGCUACAGUAAGCCACCAAAUUUCCGUAUAUACACCCCAGCAAGUCCGCUGGUAGAACUAAAUGAACCUCUAGUUGGCAUAGGCUUUCCGAAUUUAUUUCGAGCCCAGGAACUACAGUAUCCCAAUGAUAAACAUCAGCCGUCUGUUUCCCGAACAUUCUCUGGUGAAAAUAUCAUUUUAAAUCAACAUGGUGUUAUAAUGGAUAUGAAACACCCCAAAAAAUAUUACAAAUCUCUUGGCUAUCCAGCAGCACCAGGAAAGCAUGCGUACUUUCGAAAGAAAGAGAAGAAACGUAGUAAAAGACUAACAGCUCGAAAUGUCCAAACACUCGCAUCUGGAACUGGCAAGAAAGCCUUUGAUGUAAUGAAGUUGAAAACUAAAACAGUAAAAAUUCAAGAGGAAGCGAAGCCACAAUUGGAAGUUAUCCCCAAAAGACUCCGCAGGUACAGUAAGAAUCUAAGUUUCCGAACAUCAGCUAAGGAGCAAGUUGUAGUUCCCCAGUCAGCAACUGAAUUCAGUAAAGAACUCCAAGAUGCACUUCGCAUGGCAUCCAAACAUAAGACCAGUAAAUAUCCACAAGUUGUUACACAACUAUUACUCAAGCAGAAACUCCAACCAAUUCCAAAAAAACAAUUAAGUGAUCUUGAAAACAAAAAGUUACCAAUGACGAUACAAACAUGCAAAUUUCCUCAGCCUGAGGAUGUUAAGGAAGAAAGUGAUGACUACAGGAGUCAGGAAAUGAAAGAUGAAUUACAACAGGAAGCUGAAUCUAAAAGAAGACCGAUUCUAAAACAAACAUCUGAUGGCAAGGCGCUUAAUCUACAUGAGCUACAAAUAUUGCCGGAUGAAACAGAACAUGUACAUAAGAGAGGAAAGAAAAUAGAAGCAACCGUUGAAUAUUUUGACAAUUUGCAGUCGAGACGCUCUUCUGGGCGUCCCGUAUAUGAGGCGCCAAGAUAUAAAGGAAUGAUGAUAAAAGGGGUCCGAUCAGAUUUAGAGAGACGGAUUACCAGUAGGAGGGAAACACAGGAUAAAAUUAAGGUAGUUGAAUCCGAUGAGCAUAAACUUGAGAAGGAAAGGGCAACCCUGGGAAAGCCUGAGAAAGGACUGCCUUUGAUAAGUGGGAUUUACAAAGUAGGUAAAAGGGCAAGUUUACAAGAUAGAGAGAAGGGUCAGUUGUUGGGAGAAGUCAAAGGGAAAUGGAAAGGAGAAGGAGAAGGAGAAGGAAGGGAAGGAGAAGGAGAAGAAGGAGAAGAAGAAAGAAAAGAGAGAGAAAGAAAAGAAAGGGAAGAGGAAAGAGAAAGAAAAGAAAGAGGAGAAGGAAUAGACAGAGAAGGAGAAGGAAGAAAAGAAAGAGGAGAAGGAAUAGAAAGCGAAGAAGAAAGAAAAGAAAGAGAAGAGAAAGAAAGAAGAGAAAGAGAAGAGAAAGAAAGAGAAGAGAAAGAAAGAGAAGAGAAAGAAAGAGAAGAGAAAGAAAGAGAAGAAGCAAAAGAAAGAGGAGAAGAAUGGAAAGAGAAAGAAGGAGAAGAAGGAAAAAGAAGAGGAGAAGAAGGAAAAAGAAGAGGAGAAGAAGGUAAAGAGAAAGAAGGAGAAAAAGAAGGAGCAUCAAGAAUUGAAGACGCUGUAAGAGAAGGUAAAGAAACCUCAGUGUCUGGUUUUGUCACGUCUGAGCAAGGAGUUGGGGUCACGAGCAAGUCCUAUGAAGGAACGCCAGUCGACAGUAAGACUUUGGUGAGAAGUUCUCAGCUUUCAAUAGAUCAACCUGAUGAAGAAGUGGCAUCGAAAACGUCAUCAGAAAUUGCAGAGAAGGGUGGAAUGGAGUUGGGUGUGGAUAGUGAUGCCGAAAAGCUGAGACAAGAUAAAGCUUCAGGCUUAACAGAUGUAGAAAAACUGAAACUGGAACCAUCGAAAGAAAUGGUUGAAAUCAGAGAAAUUCGAAGUUUGGAAUCGUUAAAAGAUACCGACAAAUCGUUUUUAAGCGCAGACGAUGGGUUGGCGAAAGAUAAAGCAAGAUCAUCAGAAGCUCUUCUGAGCGCCGUAGACAGAGAGAGUAGAGAAGUUUCUGCAGAAAGCACUGACAAAGACCACUUGAGAGUACUCGAAGAACCUGAGGCCAGCAGUUCCAAAGUGAGAUUCGAAGGUCCUCCACCUAUUGAAUUCGAAGGUGCUUCUAGAGAGUCAGCUGCUGAUAAAAAGUAUAUUCGUGCCAAAAGUUUAAGAGAUUCAGAAGAUCCUGUGGAUGCCAUAUCAAAGGACACAGUUCAAAGUGCUGAUAGCUUAGAAAAAGACACUCUUCAAAUGACUGACAGAGAUAAAGCGAAAAAAUUAAUGGUAAAACCGGAACAGCUGUCUACAUCUAGUUUUCUAAAAUCGUCAUUCUUGCAAGAAACUUCCUCCCAAGAGGCUGCAGAUUAUGAUACGGAAAGUCAGAUUGAGGAAGGCAGACGGGAGAAAAGACAAAAAGAUAAGAAAUCAGGGAAACAUAAAGCUUCAAGGAGUAAAGCAGCAAUUGACGAAGAUGGAGAGCAGCAGGUCCCAGAUGAAAAACAGCGUAAAAGUGGUAAAAAACAGGCUAAAAGAAUGGCAAAAGUACGUGCCAUUCUACCAAUCAUGGAACCAGAGAAGCAUGUCAUCAAAACAGAAGAAACCGAACUGACUUUUAAGAAGAGAGAGAAAAAGAAAUUCCAGGACCCAGAAUAUGUGAGAGAUUUCGUUUUCCAAAGAAGAAACAUUGCAGCUAGAGAAAAGAAACCAGAAAUUAAGAAAUUUCCUUCUGAAACAUAUGUUGUAAAAGAACCACAUGCACUUGAAAAAAGAUCAACUGAACAAAUCAAUGAAGAAUUAGAAGUAUCAGAGGAAUCUUUGUCUCAACCAUCUGAUGAGAUAAGUCAGGAGAGCUUGUUUGCUGAAGAACAAGAAUCCAUACAACAAAAGAAAGCAUCAAUGGCACUUACCAAAGACUAUGAAAAAGCAUCAGCAAAGCAAAAGAUAUUUGUGAAACUGGAUUCUUAUGCCAUAAAUCCUGAAAGAUUCCAGAAAUCCUUGCUGAAACUAAAAGUGAAUCGAAUUUUUGAUACACUGCAAAGUCUUCAGCCACAAGCACCAAAACCAGAAGAUGUCACUGAAUUUAUAACCAGUCAACAUGAAGACGGGAAAAUUAAUGCAGAAGAAUAUGAAGCUUUGAAAGAAACAGUUGAAGAAGCUUAUGAAGUUCCUCCCAAGGUGGAACCAGAAGUGACUCCAGGACAAGUGGCUAAACCUUUGGACAAGCAAGCAAAGACAAAGGUUGUGGAGAAAGCAAAAGUUUUGCCAAAGAAAGUGAAAUCCAGAAAAUUUACCAAGAGAAUGGUUGGAAAACCAAGAGCUAAAAUUGAGAAGAAGAAGAUUCCUGCAAUACCUUCUGAAGAAAUCAGACGAAAAUUUAAUUGGGUUGCAGACCAAAUGAGACUUCUUAAUGAGCUCCGCAUCAUUCAUGAAUUAACAGAACCUUUCAUUUUCUCCUACUAUGUACAUUGGCCAGUGAUGUCAGAUUUUGCCAAUCACAAGAAGAAACUCAAAAAAGAAGUUUUAUAAUGGACAAUAAAAAUCUGAAAAUAAAAAUUUCAUGGACAAAAAG